GCGACCUUUCUAUUUUUUUCGGUAUUUUAGAACAAUUUGCAUUAAUGAAAUGAGAAAAGCUGUUGGAGCAUAACAACAAUUGUCACUAACUAAAGUUUUUUAUUUCUAAAUCGUCUACUAGUUGUCCACGAAGGAUAAAAUAGAGGAAUAUAUCAGAGCAGAUUUACCACAGUCCACUCGAGAUAUUGAUAUCUAAUUGUUUUCUUCCAAGAAGACUAAUUGUUUGGAACAGCUAAAGCAAUAUAUAGUAUCGCAUGGAUAGGUACUAUAAGUGGCUUGCCUGUCUUUUGGGUUUUCUUUGCAUCACAUCGAACCAAGCUUUAUAUCGAGGCCCUUGGAGCGCAUGGAGUUCUUGCUCAGCCAGUUGUGAUGGCAGUCAGGAGAGAACGCGGACCUGUCAAGCUGAACAGGGAGAAAGUUGCGAAGGGCUGACCUCAGAAUCCCGAUCAUGCAGCAGUGGAGUAUGCGUAAACUCGUCAAUAAUCGUGGCUAUAGUGUUUGGUUUACUGAUUUUACUUGCUAUUAUCGUGGUUAUUUACCUGACAAUCAAACGACGCAAGACAUUGAGAGAAAAUGAAGAAGCAGCACAUUUCAACACCAAUGCUGCAGAAGACUAUUAUGAUCGAUCAAUUGUAAGGAGCUCUUCCAUUGGCUCUCGUGCAAACACUGCUGCACCAUCUAUUGCAAGUUCACGUGCUACCAUUCCAACUAUCGCUCCUUAUUUACCUGACGUUGAAGAAGAAGAGCACGUACCACAAAAUUACAAUAAUUAUGCGUAUGAUAAUACCGACAGCUUGGGCAGGGUCUCGUUCUCCAACGAAAGCAUCCAAGAAGCUCGGCUUGAUUUCGACGUUGAUGAGGUGGAGGCGGUGCACGAAAGCUCUUCCCCUGCCGAACAACCCAAAGUGACGAUGAUGACGUUUGCAGGAACUCAAACUGAACUUGGUGAUGAUAAUAAUGAUGAUGAUUUAGCGGUCACCAUAGAUGUCGUCUAAGAUGAUUUCUAGUUAAUAUUCAACUCUGUAGUUAGCAACUAAUUAACCUAAAUAUACUCCACUUGGUCUAGCUUUAUGUAGCUGGAUUGACAAACCAAAACAGACUCCUUGUCAGCCUUUAGUCGUUUUCACUUCGACUCAAAAGUAACGGUGACGGAAUUACGUCAGUAACAAAAACCGUCCUUUUCUUACGGGGUAGCACUUAAUAGCCAGAGGCUAACAAACCUGUGGCCCUAAUUUUCGAGGAGGGAGGAAAACCGAAGAAAACCCCUCAGUCUGUCUACGAACUUUACUAUCAUUUAUGCUUUUAAACUGACGCUUUUCGAACUACUUCGUUUACUUGAUGACUUUUGUGUUAUAAUAUUCAAUAUUUUAUCGUAUAAAACUGGUCAAAGUUAUUUGUCCCUGAACAACACAUGGGAUAUCGUGUAGUUACAGGAACAUACACUAGAAAACGUUUUGCGCAUGCGUGCAUUUCAGCAUUCUAAGAAUUUUGAAGAGUAGGUUUGAGUGAGAAAAUAAAAGCUUGUUUUCUCCAAGUAUAUAUACAAAAACGUUCGAGAGUAUACUUUUGUCCUACCAAGAUACUGUAUUAACAAACACAAUAUGAAAGAAUUAGCCUAAAGUUUCAAGCAUGGACACUAAGUUUUAGCAUUUUGUGAAGUCCAAUUUAACAGGCAUGUAGUUUCAAAGCCAAAUUUGCAUAUAUUUUGACUAAUUUGCAUACGGAUUCAGAGCAUGCGCAGACGUUUUUCACUCGUGUCACAGGAACAGUAUAAAACAUCAACUAUUACCAUUCUAGCAUACCACUGUUUUAGAGUACAAACACUAAAUGUGUGCAACACUUUGCACUAUUUAUUAGUAAAUAGUGCUAAUUAAACAAUAGAAAACAAUAGGGUUAGUAUAAUUUAGCAGUAUUUAGUGGUAUUUAUGUUGCACACUCAUAGUGUUUGUAUUCUAAUUUAUUUUCUCUUUUACUAUCACAAACGAGGAAAACCACUGAUAAUUCCACAUGCUUCAACCAUCUAGUCCGUUGCCUAUUAGUCUAGUGCGCGUCUUGACAUGCGCAGUAUAGCUUUUCUUAACGAGUUGUAAUCAGGUAUUUCGGUAUUUCAACGGCUGCCGGUAACUCAAAGUAAAAGCAGAAGCUGUUCAACUUCUUAAGAAUAUGGUUCUGGUAACGAUGACCGGGGCUUUUGAAGAUACUGUUAUCUUUUAACUUUAUAUACGUAACAUCAGAUGAAAUUAUAUAUUUGUUAAACAUUCAGCUAUCUCACACCAAUAUUCAAAAAUAUAUAUAGUAUAAGCACUGACUUGCACAAAAUAAAAACUAUGUUCUGUUAAUGCAGUUCAGAGGAGCUGGUAUCCUUGAACGCGAUUUAGGACUGAACUAAUAAAUCUUAAAUGCCUUUU